AUGGCCAUUGUGGAGGGCAAGGAGAAGGACGCCAUCCUUUGCUGGGAUUUGAUCUCGCUUCAGGUUGUGGCUCGCCUAGACCUAAGCGUGCUACCAGGAGGUGGCAGCUGUUCAAUGCGCUGCGCGGGCUGUGAGGUCUUGGCCUUCCGGGAGAGCCAGGAGGAGUUCAAGCUCUGGCAUCUGGAGCGGGAGCGCACGGACCUCGAGUCACCCAAGAAGCGGAGGAAAAAGGAGACGGCCAUGAGCUUCACAGAGCAGGUCUCUGCCACUCUGCCCGAGGGCCUCGUGGAUGCAGCCUUCAUGCGGAGAGACGACAGCGAUGAGCACUCCAUCCUGUGCUGGACGACCUCCCAGUUGCUGUGGGAGGUGGACUUUGCGGAGUCCUCGGACGCCGGGAAGCUGCAGGAGGAGGAGCGAUCGGAGCGUUCGGUCCAAUUGGGGGGAGGGCACCCUCUUCAGGUUGCCUGGGGCAGUUAA